UGAACCCAGCAGACUGCCUGCACACCAAACUCCUCAUCCUCCGCACACAGGUCUGUCAAACACUGAUGCCGGGUGUCAGUGGAAGUGGAAUGGAUAAUAGCCAUGGCACAUUGUAAUCUUCAAUCUUCUCCUCAUGAUGACGUCAAUCUGGGACCUUCAGCAAACCCACAUGCCAGGCCCACUGACUUUGACUUCUUGGCCGUCAUUGGCAAAGGGACCUUCGGGAAGGUCCUGCUCGCCAAGCUCAAAGCCGACAGCAAAUUCUACGCCGUCAAAGUGCUGCAGAAGAAAGUCAUCCUGAAGAAAAAAGAGCAAAAGAACAUCAUGGCGGAGAGAAAUGUGUUGCUGAAGAGUCUGAAACACCCAUUUCUGGUUCGGCUCCACUACUCCUUUCAGACCCCAGAGAAGCUCUACUUUGUCCUCGACUACGUGAACGGCGGAGAGUUGUUCUUCCACCUGCAGAGAGAAAGGUGUUUCUCUGAGCCCAGAGCGAGGUUCUACGCUGCAGAGGUAGCAAGUGCUAUCGGCUACCUUCACUCUCUCAACAUCGUUUACAGAGAUCUGAAGCCAGAGAAUAUUCUCUUAGACUCUCAGGGCCAUGUGGUGCUGACAGAUUUUGGUCUGUGUAAAGAAGGUGUUGAACCAGAAGGAACCACCUCAACUUUCUGUGGGACUCCAGAAUACUUGGCACCAGAAGUUCUUCGUAAGGAACCAUAUGACAGGACAGUGGACUGGUGGUGUCUGGGAGCAGUGCUCUAUGAGAUGAUCUACAGCCUGCCUCCUUUCUACAGCCGUGACGUUGGAGAAAUGUACGAUGGGAUCCUCCACAAGCCACUGCUGCUGCCUCCGGGGAAGUCUGAGGCCGUCUGCUCUCUGCUGGUGGGUCUUCUGCAGAAGGACCAGCACAGACGCCUCGGGGCCAUCGCCGACUUUUUAGAAAUAAAGAACCACACCUUUUUCUCUCCAAUCAACUGGGACGACCUUUACCACAAGAGAAUCACUCCUCCUUACAACCCCAACGUGAGAGGCCCAGCUGACACUCAGCAUAUCGACCCAGAGUUCACCAGAGAAAUGGUUCCUAGCUCCGUGAGUCGAACCCCGGAGCUCAACGGCAGCACCGGCUCCAACAACGCCUUCAACGGAUUCUCCUUCGUCGCCACUGAGGACAGUUUUCUGUGAGACGGGACGUUUGUGUCUGAAUGUUUGAACAGGGUGAUCGAUUUUAACAGAGUGAUCGCACCUCUUUUGAGUGAAGAUCUCAUGAAACUAAGAGCACCUCACGUACCGUGGUUGCCAUUGCAGACCAUGUUUGACUACUGCAGGGAUUUCCUAAUUGCUCCGCUUGAGUGUGUAGCAGAAAGGGAGCAUGUUUAAAACAAAAUGCUUGCAAUGGAAACAUCUCCAGUUAGAAUAAAAAUGUAAAGCUUUUUGACUGCAAGUUUUCCGAGGUCUGCUGCUAAAGAGGUAGCGAGGAAUCUCACAUCAAUAUGAGUUAUCCAAUAAACAGGGCUCCUAAGAACUAAGAGCAUCUAUAAGAUGCAGUACAAAUUAUCUUUAUUCCAUUCAUUUAUAAUGGAAGGGAGAACAUGUGAGGCUGGAUUUAGCCAGAAGAGGUUUUUAUAGUUGUUUUUUUCGCACACAGAUAUUGUGUCUGUUUAAAAAGGAAAAAACAGUCGUCUUCCUGUGUAUAACCAGACUUUGUGUUAUAAUCCCUUGUGAAACUGUCUCACUAAACACAUUUUUUUAAAGAAAACAGGUCUGAAUGACUGCUUUGAAACAGGGAGUUGACAUAUUUAUGGCCAGGAAACCAAAUGAAUGAAUGAGUGUGUUUGGCUGAGAUUCUUGAUAACUGUAGUCUCACGCAUAGACAGUCAGAAAAACAUUAUACCAUUAUAUAAAACGUUAACACUGCAGUGUUUUGCAUUUUAACAUCAGUAAAUAUUUACCACUUUUUGUCACAUUGGUAUGAUAUGUUGAAGUAAAACAGCCCACUGCUGAGAGGACUGCCAGCCUCUACUGGCUUUUUCUUUGUAUUUAAAGUGAAGCAAGGUCAGAUUUAAGUGCUGAAUGGCUCUAUAGCACAAAGAGCGAUUCCUGUACAUUACUAAGUACUUAAUGUACCUGAAGUUAACCGUCUAAGCAAAGAAAACAAGAAUAAGACACUAAUCUUCCAGUUUGAAUGGAGCUAAAGCUUUUCAGUCUGUAGAAGAUCAUGAUGCAAGUGAAAGACUGACACUAAAAUCAAUGUUUGUCUUCCCCAGUAAAGACCAAAAGAAAGAAAACAGUUUCAUAAAGUAUAACUAACAAUGAUAUAAUACUGUGAUUAAUGCAGCUGGUUUGACACAGACGCUCUCAAUCCUCACAGCUGACUGUUUAUUCUGUGGACUGUGGUUUGUUUUCUGUAUUGUAACUAAGAAAAGUCCUUGAACAUGUUUGACUGGAUAUUAUUUUAGCCUGUAGCUAGCAGAUGAUUAUGUUGAUUAGUUUUAUUUCAUGAUACAUAACAGCCUAACGUGUAAAUAUGCAGUAGCAGCUUUGCAUGUCAUGGUUAUGUACUGUUCUAAUGUAGUAAUGUCAGUGUAAACCAUGAAGUGCUUCUCUGUUUAGGAAAUGAAGUUGAUGAUUAAUGGUGCUUGAUGUCGACAGUGACGGUUGAUACAGUUUGAAAAUGUACAUCUGAUGUCAUUUUUAUUUUUAUUAUCUCAUUCAAAUAUACAAUCUAUAUACUUAAAAGUUUUGUUUGUACAUCUGAUAUUAAUGAGGCAAGUUACUAUUUACCUCCUUAAGAAACUUCAAAGAAAGUUUUAAUUUCACAGAGUUCUGAUUCAGAUACUUCUUCUGAUAAACAGUCUAAAGCAUUAAUGGAAAAACACUCAGGGACAAACGCUGCUCUGACCCUGCGUGUUCACGAUAUUCCCUUUAAAGCUGUAACCCUGCGUGCCAAGCUGUUAUUCCCCGACUGAUCCUGUAAACAGAGAGGCUGACGAUAGAGGCUGUCAGGUCACGCUGCCAGCAGCCGCGUCAUAGUCGGAAUCUGUGUGUGUGUGUAAAUAGAAAACUUGUCAAUAAA